AUUUUCCUUAUAUUAAGCAAACAUGCGAUUCCUCUGUUCUUCCAAAACCACGACUCCCUCCUUACCAAGAUGGAGGAAAAAGCAGGCUGGCCGAGAACUUGUCUCUCCGCCACCGUCCCCUCCCCCCUCUCCUCCUCCUCCUACGCUGUUUUUCUCUCACAGCCCAGUUUCUAACACGAUGUUCUUCUCUUCAAUCGAAGGUGAGAAAUAUUAUUACCUUCAUAAAACAGCACCUCCGGAGAUGGAGGGCAAAGAAAUCAAGGCUUACUGGCACGGUUGGUUCAUCUUACUUGACAAAGAGAAUCAGCAGCCUUUGAUCUGGAAUCCCCUGUGCUGCCGGGAAAAUGGGUAUACUCUCUUCAAUCCUCUGACUUCGGAAUCCAUAUGCUUACGACUUCUUAGUUUGAAGACCAAUCAAACAAUCAGCCACCGCGUACUGUCCUCGCCUACUGAUGAUCCAGCUAUGGACUGUUUUCUAUCAAUAAAACUAAUCAAGAUAGAACUCAACACGCCAGAGGGUAGUCUUGAACCGAUUUUGUUUGAUGAGUCCAUACCAGGACACCAAGAAAUUUCAUCAUGCUGUCGUGAUGUUUUCAGACUGGAUUUUCAUACCAUGGUGUGGGAAAAGGUAGAAAGUAUCAAGAAUAGAGCUUUCUUUCUGAGUCACAGAUCUUCCUUCUCAAGACCUGCAACGUCUGCGACAAAAACUAAGGAGAACCAUGUCUGUUUCGCAUCAAAUAGGGAUUUUAGCCUCUAUUCAUUUAACAUGGAUGAUAAAACUGUUUCAGUUUCUUCAAGACGUCCAAAUUUGAAAACUUCAUGGUAUUUGCCCAUCGGGAUAAUGUCAGACGUGAGGCUAUGCAAUAUCCUAAGACAAGCCGUUAGUGAAUUACAUGUAGAAAGGAAAGAGAUACAACCACCUGAAAAUAGAGAAAUUGUUGAGCAUUCGGUGCUUGAACAAGGAGAAGGAGAAUUUGCCCCUGCAAUCCGAUGGACAAGUGCAGCCCUGGAAGGUUUUGAAGGCUAUAAUUCUCUUCUACCUUGGCUUAUGUUAUCUAGAAAAGGUGACAGUAUUUGCACCUUCAUCAAUGUGUGGGGCGAAAAAUAUGCCAUGGACAUCCCUAAUAACCAAUUGAAAGAUAUCAUGAGGUGCUGUUCAAGGGAAGCACUACCAAUCGUAGGUUUCUCAUCCUCAAUUGACUGGGUUGUUUUGACUGGCCAUGUUCACGAUCAUGUUUCCAUAUACUACAUCCUUCUGAAGGGGAAUGGCAUACGCAAGACGCAAAGCUAUAUGCCUUUUAUAAAGAAGAUGGAUUCAAAUUCCUUGACAAGGUUAAAUAAGUCUGACAUGGUCUGGCUUGAAGUUGAGAAUAUAGGAAACUAUACAAUUUAUGUUAGCAAUCAUUCUUCUUUUGCCAUACCUGCAACAACUGGAAUGGAGGACAGAGUUUAUUUCCCAAGAUUCUAUGGUAAGAAUGCUGUCUACUAUUCUCUUGGCUCCAAAAAGUUACACUGUCAUGCUUAAAGCAUUAUUAGAGUUGAUUUUGAUCUCACUGGGAUCAACUAGGUUUUCUUCCUCUUCUUUCUUUUUUUUUCUUUUUUUUUUUUCUCUCUUUGUGUGUGUGUUGUGUGAAAUGUACAACAAUCACCGAGCCUAGGCUCAACCAGAAUCAAUGGUUGUUGAACCAUGGCUUGACACAACUCCUACACCAUUUUCCCUUCUUGCUAAGAAUGACACACUUAUAUUUUGGAUUGGUAGUGAGGUUAAUGGAUUGGUUUUUAAAUAGGAACUCUAAUUCAUGGAAUACAUCUAGCCUAGAGGAAUAGAUUCUUGAGUUUAGAUGAUCCGUUGUGUAGUGGGAUGGAAAGAGUCUGAAGAGAUCGGUAUUCCGUGAGAUGCUGGUCUUUCGAGUUUUUCCUACUUGUCUUCUCCAUUAGAGUAGAUGGAAACAGUUUUUGUAUGAAAACAACUUUUAACAAAGAUUUUUGAAUGUU